AUGAAGCUAUUGGUGCUCCCACAACUUCUCCAUGGUGGAGAAGUCCACUCCGUGGACAUUGAUCUGUCCAACAGCUAUGUAGCCACUGCAGGCAACGAUGCUGAGAUUUUUGUGUGGGACUUUAAACUGCUAUCGAAUAUAGAAGCAGCGUCAGAGGAAGAGCUUCUUAAAAUCAAACCAGUCCAUGUUUUGAAACCACACAGCCAUCCAGUCAAAGUUGCACGAUGGUCUUUAAAAAGUCCGUUAUUUUUGGCUUCGGGAGACGUAAGUGGGAACGUGUUCCUCACCAAUAUGACCGAUAUGUCCCAUAAGUUACUAUAUCCAUGGCCCCUGAUACAGGAUAAAAACAAUGAAAUAGCAGAUAUUGCUUGGUCGGCAGACUCGAGGUUACUAGCGUGGAGUACUAGUGAUGGUAAGGUACAUCUUUACGAUGUGCUCAAAGAGACGUACCAAGUUCUCAACCAGGCACAAGGAGACAAUACCAAGAUGAAAAAUACAGCCCAAAAGAGCCUUGCAUUCAAUCAUUCCAAUAAUAAUCUUGUGACCAUGGGCGUCGACACGUUCCUUCAUUUGUAUCAAUACCAGUAUGACAGCUGCGACAAUUAUCAGUUCAAGUUGACUAAUAAGAUCUCCAAGCUCAUGAACAACAACCCCACAACGAUGGUAACGAUAAACUAUGAGCGUAUAUCGUGGUCAAGUGAUGAUGAGUUCUUCUCCGUACCUUCUGCUAGCAAACAGCAUACUUCGCUCAUUUCGCUUUUGGCACGGUCUCAAGACUGGGAAAACAAGAUUAGUCUUGUGGGCCACGACGUCAAUUGUGAUGUUGUUAGAUUCAAUCCUUAUAUUUUUCAGGGUGAUACAGAAUCGAAUGAUUCUCAUUCGUACAACGUUUACCACAUAAUUGCAUCCGCUGGCUCUGACAAGACCUUGGCACUCUGGAAUACAUCCAAAGAAACACCUAUCCUUGUGCUUCGUGAGCUUUCCAAGAAGCCAAUAGUGGAUAUAUGCUGGGAUAACAGCGGCACGAAGUUACUUUUGGCAUCGCUAGAUGGACACAUUUCAGUUGUUAGUUUUGACCAGUUAGAAUUGGGAACUCAUGUUCCGGACGACCUACUUCAAAAGCUUAAAGACUCACAGAAGGCCAAUAUAAAGCCUUUUGUUGUGAAGGAAUCCGAGUCGUCCUCAAAGCGUGGUCAGAAGGCAACUGUGGAAUUGAUAGAACAAAAGGAUUCUAUCAAAUUGAGUGAUGCUUUUGCAGAGUCCGCUGACAAAAAUGACCUGAAGGAUACUGCAGCCACGGAAAACGCUAGAGGUGAUUCUAUUGAAGAUUCAACAAAUGGAAUCGAGGUUCAUGGUGACAUUCAUCCCCAGGUUUUGGAGAGUAAUGCGCCAGGCCAGAUAGACGACAUAAUGAGUACAGCCAUGGGUGAGCGCACUAGAGUUACAUCAUCAACAAAAACGAAAGGUGCAAGCUCAAGAUCAACGCCAAAGCCCGCGCCAGCUUCUUCAACAGGAGAUCAGAAAGUCACAACCAAGAAUGGCAAAAAACGCAUACAGCCGAUGCUCAUCUCUAACGGAAAUGGACCGGUUUCCAGAUCAACUACGCUCGCUAAAGGAUCUGAUGCAGACUCUCUAUCAAAAUCUUCAUCAAAACCUCUCAUGGAAUUCGACAAACCUUCUUAUGCCGUGUCAGAAGAAGUACGAAAGGAGAGCAAAAGAGACAAAGCACAAGAAGACGGUGGUCCCGUCAAGAAAAUAAGACGAGAGUUAGAACCUGUAAAGUUUAUUGGAACAGCCGUGUUAAAUCCAAACACAGCUUUCGCAAAGGUUAGAUUGCUGGUUCCGAAGGUACGUUUAGCGUUUCAAAUACCUAGCAGAACGGAUGACAGGAUAUUACUAGAUAUAAAAAAUGGUCAAGGUAACGAGAAUACACCUUCUCGUUUGACUUGCUUCAAAAAUGAACAGCCCAUCUGGAGCGAUUUCAUACCGAGAUUUAUCCAAUUAGCCACUGAGGGAACAAGCUUCUGGGCCGUUUGCACUGCAGAUGGGCAGCUUAUAACUUAUCAUCACAUCUCAGGUAAGCGGUUCCUACCUCCCAUCGUUCUAGGGUCUCCGAUUGUAUUCUUGGAGAGCUACGGAGACUAUUUAAUGGCAGUGACAGCGAUCGGUGAGCUUUUUGUUUGGGAUAUGCAACAACGAAAACUUCAUCUUCAUUGCCCUCUGUCUCUAGCAUCAAUUCUUGAUCUGCACACCAAGUUUAGGGAGGACACUUUGAGCAAAUCAGAGAAUAUCACCAUGUGCUCGAUAACAUCCAAAGGUAUUCCUCUCGUAACGCUCUCCAAUGGAUCAGGUUAUUUAUUCAACGCAGAUAUGGGGGUAUGGCAGACAGUCACUGAGGCAUGGUGGGCAUUCGGCUCCCAUUACUGGGAUUCAAUAAGCGAUGAUAAGGUUUCUAUGGAGUCACAUAAUCUUACAUCGCAAGAACCCAAUCACGAAUCAUCCAUAUUGGGUCUUCUUGAACAUAAGACGAACGAGGAGAUUCUUCGCAAGAGUCGUGUGGGAAGAGGAAAGUUUUUCAAUAAAAUAUCGAAGAAUUUAAUCAUGAAGGAAGGGUUUGAAAAUCUCGAAAAUUCAAUUUCUCUCUCACACCUCGAGAACAGGAUUCUUUGCUGCGAACUAUUAGGCGAGUUUAGAGACUUCCAUGACUUUUUAAUCACUUACAGCAAAAGAAUCUGCGAACUCGGUCUCAAAGCAAAACUCUUCGAGCUUUGUGAGAGGAUAUUAGGUCCAAACUCAGACAGUGAUAAAAGUACCAGCAAUUCGCAACUCUGUGGGUACAACAGAGAAGAACUUCUCAAGGAGAUCAUACUCGCAUGUGCACAGUACAGAGACGCUCAAAGAAUAUUGAACUACUUCGGCAAAAAAUUGGGCCUAAUCAAUGACGAAUACUAA